UAUUGCUUCCAUCUUACUAUAUUAAUUUGAAGGAGUAUGAAGAACAACCCUUGUUUAUUCAUAUUUUGGGGCUAAUCAAAAUUCGGUACUUAGUCAGAGAGUCUCUUUCUCUUCCCCCAUUUUCCUGAAAAUUUUCACUUGUUUUUCCCGCGACUUUCUUCCCUCUGUGUGUCAAAGUAUUAUCAACUCAGGUCUUUCCCUCACACACUUUUGCAUAGCCAAUCGCGUGACUCAAAUGGAAUUGGGAUGAAGAAGACAAGUUAGAAACGCAUGCUUAACCUGGCUGGUUGAUUUAUUAAGUGCAAUCUGCGAUGGACUGCAACAAGGAUGAGGCCCUAAGGGCCAAACAGGUCGCGGAGAAGAAAAUGUUGAAUAGUGACUUUGAAGGGGCUAAAAGGGUUGCAGCGAAAGCAGAACAACUUUACCCUCAACUAGAGAACAUAUCCCAGUUACUUGCCGUCUGUAAUGUUCAUUGUUCAGCUCAAAACAACAGGGUAGGAUCAGAAAGGGACUGGUACGGUAUUCUUCAACUUGAUAGGUCGUCUGAUGAAGCCACCAUCAAGAAACAAUAUCGGAGACUUGCACUCAUGCUUCAUCCUGACAAGAAUAAGUUGCCUGGAGCAGAGGCAGCUUUCAAGCUUAUUGUGGAAGCACAUAUGGUUCUCUCAGACCAAGUCAAAAGGUCUUUAUACGAUAGUAAGUUUAGAGUUAUAUCAGGAGCUGGAGUAGCAAAGCAACCGCCUCAUAUGGUUAAUCGAAAUUCAUUUGUCAGGCAAAACAACACUCAAAAUGGUUUCAGUGCUCAGUUCAGUAACCUAAAUCAUCAUAAAUAUACACAACCAACUUCAGCUGCUAUGCAGGAAACGUUUUGGACGCAAUGUCCCUCUUGCAAAGUUAGGUACCAGUAUUACAUUGCUUAUGUGAACAGUACUCUACGCUGCCAGAAAUGCUCGAAGACUUUCAUUGCAUAUAACUUAGGUCCUCAAGGCGCCCCUUGUGGACCCAAAUGGAGUCAGCCUGGAGGGCAGGAUGUGCCCCUUAAAUCUAAUCUCAACCAUCCUUCUGAGCAGAAAGGGCGUCCUAACCAAGGAACAUCAAAAAUGACUGCAGGUAGUGCUGGGUUUCCACCCAUGCAAACAGGAUUCCAACCAGGUUUUAGCAGCAGAACAGCGGGGCCUGAACCAGAGAAAUGCAGAGGAAAGACUGCUCCAGUCUUUGAGGAUAUACUGACCAAGCAAAAGGAUGAAAAACCAAAGAGAGGUAGAGAAAGAUCUGCAAAGCCAAAAGUGGAGCGAAAAAGCAGGAAAAGGAGUCGGAAACAGAUGGUUGAAUCAAGUGAGAGCGACGAUACUUCAACCAGUGUCGAGACAGAAGAUGUGGACAUUGAGAAUGAAAAUGACUCACCUGCUGGACAAGGAAAUGGAGUUGAUGGCUAUGUCGCUAGGAGAUCAUCUCGGCGUAGGCAGCAUGUUUCAUACAGUGAAGGCGUAAGUGAUGAUGAGAAUGAUUUGGCAAGCCCUCUGAAGAAGGCACGACCUAACCAGUCAGCUGGAGACAGCAAACCUCAGCAGAAAGAAGCUGUUGGUGGUGAUGAUCAACUUCGAGGCAAUGUGACUAGGCCGUGCAGUAGUACCGUGGAAAGAUCAAAUCACAAUGGAGCGGGCUGUCCGGAAGGAGAUGUGCAUAACAACAAUGCCAAGAUUGGGGCAGUUAAAGAACAGGUUUCUAAACCGCCCUCAGGUAGCGCAAAAGAAGUGGAACUAAUUGUUGAUUCUGAUUCAGAACCAGAUACAGUUCCUGAUACAAUUCCAGAGGUGUUGGAUUAUCCUGAUCCUGAAUUUAAUGAUUUUGACAAGCUUAAAGCACAAAAUUGCUUUGCAACCGAUCAGGUCUGGGCUUGCUAUGAUACAGCUGAUGGUAUGCCAAGAUUCUAUGCCCUCAUUAGGAAGGUUUACAGUCCUGAGUUUAAGGUGACGUUCAGUUGGCUUGAGGCUCAUCCUGAAGAUCAGAGUAGCAGAACUUGGGUCAGGGCAGAGUUGCCUGUUGGCUGUGGGAAAUUUAGACGUGGGAGUACUGAAUCAACUUCUGAUCGGCUUACAUUUUCUCAUCAAGUGCAGUGCGAAUUGGGCAAGAGAGGUCUCUACAUUAUAUAUCCUAGGAAAGGAGAAAUCUGGGCCCUUUUCAAAGAUUGGGAUAUUCGUUGGGGCUCUGAUCCAGAUAGUCAUAGGAAGUACAAGUAUGAAAUUGUGGAGAUCCUUUCAGAUUAUGUUGGGGAUGUUGGUGUCCAAGUUGGUUACUUAGAUAAAGUGGCCAAAUUUGUUAGCCUUUUCCAGCGAACAAGGUUGGCUAAUGUUGGUACAUUCUUUGUAAAGCCAAAUGAACUUUACAAAUUCUCUCAUCGAAUUCCUUCGUUCAAAAUGACUGGAGCUGAACGAGAGGGUGUACCUGUGGGAUCCUUUGAACUUGAUCCUGCUUCUUUACCCGUCAAUCCAGAUGAUAUUUUUUACCCUGAAAAAGUUAAGGAAGACGGUGGGGCUGCAAAUUCUAAACCUGUAGAAAAUGUUUCACCUGCAGUUCCCACUGGAACUGGGGAUAAGUCCAGGAUAUCUGGGAUUGCAAAGAUAUUUCUGAAGCCUGGGGAGUUGAAAAGCAUCCCUGCUGCUAAUGGAGAGUCUGCUAAGGUUCGAAGAUCUCCUAGAGGAGUGAACACAUCCGAGUUGAAGCCAAGUAAGAUGAGCUCUUGUUCUGCCAAUGACAGUCCUUCCACUGAUUUUGAUGAUAGUUGUGUUAAAAGAGACCAUCGGCCAAGUUCCAGCACACCAAGUCAUGACACUGAUGAAGAGUUGCAUUCAUGCACAAAGAGCUUUGAUCUCAGCAACUCCUCUGGUAGCUCCAAGAAUCCAAUAACUUUAUCCGACGAUAAAGGUUAUGAAGAAGUUUUUUGUGAUUUUAGGAUGGAUAUAUCCAUGGGGAAGUUUCAACUAGAUCAGGUAUGGGCCCUUUAUUGUCAAAAUAGUAUGCCAAGGACUUACGCUCAGAUUAGGAAGAUUGUUCGUGCCCCAUUGGAAGUGCAUGUAGUCCUUCUUGAGGCGUGUGCAGGAGCUAAAAAUGCGCAGUUGGUUUGUGGAACGUUCAAAGUCCAGAAUGAAAAACGUCAAGUCUAUCCUCCUAGUUCCUUCUCCCAUGUGGUGAAAGCAGUAUCUAUUAACAAGAACAGGUUUGAGAUCUAUCCAAGAGAAGGAGAUAUUUGGGCUCUGUACAAAAACUGGAAAAAAUUAAGUUUGCAUCCAGACACAUCUGAGUAUGAGAUAGUGGAGGUCGUUGAGAGUUCAAAAGACCGGAUAAAAGUUUCAUCCAUGGUGCGUGUGAAUGGUUUCAAGUCGGUCUUUAGUUCUUUGAGAACACAAGGAUCAAAUCCUACUGUUCUAGAAAUACAUAAAGAUGAGUUUGGGAGAUUUUCUCAUCAGAUCCCUGCAUUUCAGCUGACUGGGGAAAAAGGAGGGGUUUUGAGAGGCUGCUGGGAGCUUGAUCCUGCAUCAGUACCGUGUUCUCUGUAAAGUGAUGCUCCAGUUAUAGUGUGAUGGGACUCAAACUGUGAAUUGGUUCUGGAUUUUGAGAAUCUUCAAAUUAAAAUCUCUCUCGGUUGCUCCAUUAACUCGCUGAUGACGUACUGUUCUUAUUAGUUUCUUGCUCGAUGAUUAGUUGACCUGUAGAUAUGACAGAUUCUUCAGUCUCACGUCAGUCAGGUGUCUGUUUUGGUUGAAUUCAUGGAUGCUGUCAUUAGUAUUGUCUUAAGAAAGGCACUACAGUUAAAGAGUAUCGUUGGGGCAUUUGGCAUGAACACACUUUAAAUUAGUCUAUGCUGCAAGUCUGGUGAAUGAAUUGUAUAGCCAGAUAGAUGGUUGCUGAAACAUGUUAGGAGGGAUAUUAGAUGACGUUUUGUUAUUUAAAAGGCUUCUUGGUUUUUGUAUUCUAUUACCUUGUUGUGGGAAAAGUUUCAAGCUUCA